UUCUGCAGGAGCUUCAUGGCUGUUCGUGGCUACGCUCCUUCUUCAGAUUACUUCUCUUUUGAUAUCUCCCAGCCACCUGAAGAUCUACAGGGCUUUUAUAAAGGAAGCCAGCACAUGCUGAGCAGAUCAGGCUCGCAUUAUGGCCUGUCGGGAGGAGUCAGGAACGCUUGGGAUAAUAGAGCGACUACACCUGGUCCUCCUCCUCCUCCUCCCUCGGCUCAUGAGAUCAGCCGCUUGUACAGGGAUUCUCUAUCCAUCAAGAUGAUCCCAGACAGCCAGCGUGUACACAGUAGAGCCGCUUCGCCGGCUUGCAUCAGCGUUGAAUCCAGAUUUCCUGCAGAACUCUCCGUGUACAGCGACGCAAACGGCCUUCCUCUGGACUCCGGAUCCACCUGUAUAGUAGUGGAGCCGACAGCUUCAGUCAUGGAUGGGACUCUUCCUCGAGGGAACCCUGCGUACGGCUCUGUACCAACCCAAAGGAUGCCUUACGACCCUGCUUACGAUCCAGGCGCCGCUCACCACGACCCCAAGAGAACCGUGGAUCCCAGUUUCCUGUCUCUCCUGCGCUCCGAGGGUCUGUCGGAAAGCACUAUAACUCUUCUCCUUCAGCAAGGGUUUGAUUCUACCUCCAUGCUUGCUAUGAUGGAAGACAACGACGUCCGCUCCGUCGCUCCCAAUUUGGGCCAAGCACGAGUGCUUUCUCGAGUGGCUCUCAAUUGCAAGACGGGGGCAGCCGGUGCGGGUUUACGAGGUCGUUCUAACAGCUUCAGCCAUCGUAAUGAUCUCUACAUGCAGUCUCAGACGGUGGACGGAAACCUGAAUCAACAGCCUCCCAGCGCCCUGCAGUCCGUCUCUCCGAGAAUGGGAGAGUUUCUCGGUCGGCGGCCGAACAGCGCUCCAUCUCAGCAUCUCCUUGAAACCACCUCAUAUCCCGGGGCUCGCUCGACUGGAGGUCUUCCGGUCAGUCCGGGGGGCUACGACUCUCAAACACGACCUUUGUUCAACGCCCACACCGGCCUAGCCAUGUCCGCUCAACAGCAACCCACGACUACUCCAGGAGUGCCACCCAAGACCUUCUCCACUACAUACAGCCCUAUGGAGCUGAUGAAGCGCCCUCCGCACCUUCCUCCUCUCUCUCCUCAUCACAGCCCUCAGUUAAUGCACAAGGGAGCAGCGCCUGUGGAGAGCUCCAUCCUUCCAGCAUCUUCAUCUCUACAGCUUCAGUCCCAGAACCCUAACAACAAACAAACCCGGAGAACCGGACCGCCGGUCAUUGUAUCCACCAUGGCUUCACCGGACACAAGUAUCAGGCCUCAGAUGAGUGUGAACGGCCCGAUGCAUCCUCGUCCUCUGGUGGCUCUGCUGGACGGUCGGGACUGUACUGUGGAGAUGCCCAUCCUCAAAGAUCUGGCCACUGUAGCCUUCUGUGACGCCCAGACCACACAGGAGAUCCACGAGAAGGUGUUAAACGAGGCGAUCGGUGCUCUGAUGUAUCACAGCAUCACACUGACACGAGAAGAUCUGGAGAAGUUUAAAGCGCUCAGGAUCAUCAUCCGCAUGGGCAGCGGAUACGACAACAUCGACAUUAAAGCAGCCGGAGAGCUGGGGAUCGCGGUGUGUAACAUCCCGUCGGCGGCGGUGGAGGAGACGGCCGACUCGACGCUGUGUCACGUGUUGAAUCUGUACCGCAGGAACACGUGGCUGUAUCAGGCUCUGCGGGAGGGCACACGUGUUCAGAGCGUGGAGCAGAUCCGGGAAGUGGCUUCAGGAGCCGCACGCAUCCGCGGAGAAACACUGGGACUCAUCGGCUUCGGUCGUUCGGGGCAGGCCGUGGCCGUCAGGGCUAAAGUGUUUGGCUUUAACGUGAUCUUCUACGACCCGUACCUUCAGGACGGUCUGGAGCGCUCGCUCGGUGUUCAGCGUGUUUACACUCUGCAGGAUCUGCUCUAUCAGAGCGACUGCGUCUCGCUGCACUGCAACCUGAACGAACACAACCAUCACCUCAUCAACGACUUCACCAUCAAACAGAUGCGUCAGGGGGCGUUCCUGGUGAACACGGCUCGAGGAGGUCUGGUGGAUGAGAAGGCUCUGGCUCAGGCGCUGAAGGAAGGCCGGAUACGAGGAGCAGCUCUUGACGUCCACGAAACCGAACCCUUCAGUUUUGCGCAGGGUCCUCUGAAAGACGCUCCUAACCUGAUCUGUACGCCGCACACAGCCUGGUACAGCGAGCAGGCGUCUCUGGAGAUGAGAGAAGCAGCCGCUACAGAGAUUCGCAGAGCCAUCACAGGCCGGAUUCCUGACAGUCUGAGGAACUGUGUCAAUAAGGAGUUCUUUGUGUCAUCGGGUUCCUGGGGUCUGAUGGAGCAGCAGGUUCAUCCUGCGCUUAACGGCGCCACAUACAGCCAAGUCAACCAAUCCCUGCAGGCCAUCACGACUGGCUCCGCCCCCCAAGACAAAAUCAAUGCCUAAAGCAGAGCAGGUUCCCGUCAGGUCUGGCCUGAGUGGCAGCGGGUUUGGAGGGUCUGGUUCUGGUGACCCACUCACUGACCGCCAUAAACCACCCGUCCCAGACGCCAUCCCCAAACCAGCCCUCCAAUCACGGAGAGAGCAGCUGAGCGAGCAAUAGCACACCCAACUAUUUCCUUUUUCCCGUUCUGGAGGAAGUGGAUGUUUUUGGUGUCUCCUCCACGGAAACACAGCACACUGAAUGGAGUUUGUUAGUUUGAUGUGUUUCUUCCCUCCGAUUCUCAUCUCUGUGAAUCCUUUAGAUAAAUCAGGUGAGGCCCGAAGCCACUCCCACUCAGCCAUCCAUCACGAUGAUUGACAGCUCAGCACUCUGCUCUGAUUGGCCAGCGUUCUCAGACUUCAGCCAAGGAAUGAAACACCAAAUGAUUUCUUUCUCUCGUGUGUUUUGUUUGACUAAAGAACAGUUCAAAUACACUUCUGUUUCUUUCUCGUACCAGAAGAUGACGUUUAGAUGGAGUUUCAUGUUUUAUAUUCAAUGAGUUUUUGGUUUUCACUUCAUUCCACUAUAUGACUCAGGAAAAUCUCACCUCCAUAAUUAUUUUUCCCACCAAAUCUUGUCCAUAUUUUCUCAUAUCUGCGUUGCAGUUUGGCUGGUGUUAGUACUUUUAUACAGCGAGGUGUCUCGAGAUCGUUAGGUUUGUGUGGUUUAGAUGAGUGUCCUGUCCUUGGUUUGUUCUUCUGAAGGUGUUUGUUUCUCAGAAAGCGAGAUGUGAUGCAGAAGCGGGAGGUUGUUUGUUUUAUUGUGAGUAUUUGUAUUCGUUUCUUUGUAGCAUCAGUGCAGAUCAAAUAAAACAUGCAGGUUCAGAA